AUGGAACGAUUAUUGAAAAGAAAAAAACAUCAUUUGUUUUCAGUAAUGUUUCUGAUAUUCCUCAUGAUUGAAUCAUCGGAACUGAUAGUUGGUAAUUAAUUUAUUUAAAUUCUUAGUAUAUGUUAUCAGAAAAUUCAUUGUUUGA